AUGGCGGCGGGCGGCAGAUCCGUCGCGUGCUGUGCCGCCGUGCUGCUCGCGGCCGCGCUGCUCCUCUCCGCACCGACUACCACAGAGGCUUAUGAUUCGCUGGAUCCAAACGGCAACAUCACUAUAAAAUGGGAUAUUAUGCAGUGGACUCCUGAUGGAUACGUCGCUGUUGUCACAAUGUAUAAUUUUCAACAAUUUCGGCACAUCGGCGCACCUGGUUGGCAGCUUGGGUGGACAUGGGCAAAGAAGGAGGUUAUAUGGUCAAUGGUUGGGGCUCAGACCACUGAACAGGGUGACUGCUCAAAGUUCAAGGGCAACACCCCCCAUUGCUGCAAGAAAGAUCCAACAAUCGUCGAUUUACUUCCAGGCACUCCAUUCAACAUGCAAAUUGCCAAUUGCUGCAAGUCAGGAGUUAUAAAUACCUUUAAUCAGGACCCAGCAAAUGCUGCUUCCUCCUUCCAGAUCAGUGUUGGUCUUGCUGGAACUACUAAUAAAACUGUUAAGGUGCCAAAGAACUUCACUCUUAAGACUCCAGGCCCUGGGUACACAUGUGGGCGUGCCAUUGUUGGCAGGCCGACGAAGUUUUGGAGCGCGGAUGGGCGCAGGGCAACCCAAGCUCUAAUGACAUGGAAUGUGACCUGCACAUAUUCCCAAUUUCUUGCUCAGAAGACUCCAUCGUGCUGUGUAUCUCUCUCAUCGUUUUAUAAUGACACAAUUGUGAACUGCCCAACAUGCUCAUGUGGCUGCCAGAACCCAAGUGGGUCAAACUGUGUGAAUGAGGAUUCACCUAAUCUACAAGCUGCAAUUGAUGGUCCUGGCAAAUGGACUGGCCAGCCUCUUGUACAAUGUACUUCCCACAUGUGCCCGAUAAGAAUCCACUGGCAUGUGAAGCUCAACUACAAGGAAUACUGGAGAGUGAAAAUCACUAUCACAAACUUCAACUUCCGCAUGAAUUACACGCAGUGGAACUUAGUAGCUCAGCAUCCAAACUUUGAUAAUAUCACUCAGUUGUUCAGCUUCAACUACAAACCACUUACUCCAUAUGGGGGUGGCAUAAAUGAUACGGCAAUGUUUUGGGGUGUAAAAUUCUACAAUGAUUUGCUGAUGCAAGCCGGCAAACUUGGAAAUGUGCAAUCAGAACUGCUUCUCCGCAAGGACUCCCGGACUUUCACCUUCGAAAAGGGAUGGGCCUUCCCACGCCGGGUGUACUUCAAUGGUGAUAAUUGUGUCAUGCCAUCUCCUGAAAAUUAUCCAUGGCUUCCGAAUGCAAGCCCUCUAACAAAACAACCAUUGACACUCCCACUCUUGGUAUUCUCGGUUGCCUUGGCUGCUCUGUUGGCUUAUGCAUGA